AUGAUCACGUUUGAGGAAUUGCAAAAGCAACAAAAACCGAAAGUGAAUGCCAUCACGCAAAAUGCUUUCCCGCACAAAUUCACCGUUUACACUCUGACCAUCUUCAUCUGCAUCUCCAUCACGUGUGCACAAAUUCCCCAUCCAGCUGUCUUGAACAUCGAACAGGAGGAGAAUCUGCUGCCUGAUCAUCUGCGAAAUCACUUCCUCAGGACACCAAGAGUGGCCGCCGCUUUGGCGGUCAGCAGUUGGCUGGAACACGGAGAAGAGCCGGUGUACGAGAGAGAAGCCGAUAAGAUUCCCAGACAUGAAAUCUACAACGUCCUCACACACGCUGGCUUCAUCCCGAGAAGAUUUUACAAAUGAUUCUUCCUGCGCCAGCAUCUUCACACCCGCCUUUUCUCCACCUCUCAAUUAAAUGUACAUACACUGUUGUCACAAUGUUCCAGAUAUUGUUCUUCAUAUGAAAUA